UACCAUCGAUGACAGUCAGUUUUAGUACGAUCGUCAAGCUGCGCGAACCUCUUUCAUCAUGUCUCAAGAAAAAAUUCUUCUCGCCUAUUCCGGUGGGCUGGAUACUAGCUGUAUCCUGAAGUGGCUGCUGGAGAAGGGCUACGAAGUAAUCUGCUUCAUGGCCGACGUUGGACAGGAAGAAGACUUCGCAGCGGCUCGCGAAAAAGCACUGCGAACCGGUGCCAAAGAUGUCAUCGUGAAAGACAUGAAGGCACUUUUUGUGGAAAAAUUUGUUUGGCCGGCGCUACAAAUGGGACUGAUCUACGAGGAUCGCUAUUUGUUGGGAACUUCGCUUGCACGACCAUGCAUUUCCUUGGGAUUGAUUGAAGUAGCGGCUCAGCGAGGCUGUCCAUACAUUUCACACGGAGCAACCGGCAAAGGAAACGAUCAAAUUCGAUUCGAGCUAAGCUGCUAUGCAUUGAAUCCAAUGAUCAAAGUGAUUGCUCCUUGGCGAUUACCAGAGUUCUGCGAACGUUUUCAGGGGCGACAAGACUUGCUCGAGUAUGCUAAGAAGAAUAACAUUUCCGUUAGUGCUACACCGAAAGCGCCCUGGUCAAUGGAUGCAAACAUUGUACACAUCAGCUAUGAGUCAGGUGUUCUGGAAGAUCCAUCCUUAGCAGCUCCAGAAGAACUAUACCAGAUGACGGUGUCUCCGCUGAAAGGUUCUGAUGUACCAACAACAGUGGAGAUAAUUUUCAAGGAAGGUGUCCCAGUACGCGUAACUGAAUUGAUCAGCGGUAAAACCAUGGAAGAACCGUUCGAUAUUCUCACAUUCCUGAAUAAAAUAGGAGGAGAACAUGGUGUAGGAAGGAUUGAUUUAGUGGAGAAUAGAUUUCUUGGGCUCAAGUCUCGAGGAGUAUAUGAGACUCCUGGUGGUACGAUUCUCUAUGUUGCGCAUAAAGACUUGGAAGUGUACUGCUUAGAUCGUGAAAUUUUCAGAGUUAAGUCAUUUUUAGCAUCCAAAAUGGCGGACUAUGUUUACAAUGGGUUCUGGUUUUCACCGGAAGCGGAAUACGUACGUUCUUGUCUCGUUGCUUCCCAGCGAAACGUAACAGGUAAAGUUGUUGUGGAAAUUUUCAAGGGCCGUGCAAUGGCCGUAUCCAGAGAAUCUACUAACAGUGUCUACAAUCAAGAGCUUGCUUCGAUGGAUGUUCAUGGUACUCUAUCCCCAUAUGCUGCAACCGGAUUCAUCGAAGUUAAUGCAAUGCGUCUGAAAGAACAUCAUCGUGUGUUUGGAAGUGCUAACACAAAAUAGCUUGUUUAAUUUCCAAUCAGUUUGUAACCUACCUUCGACAAUAAAUCGCCUAGGUAUGCUAUAGGGGCUCGUGUUUGUUG